GCACCAAGUCUAAAACUUAAAACCUCCAUCCACAGCUCUUCAAUGGCGUUUGAUCUCAACUUUCUUCCAAUUUUUCUCAUCUCAUUACCCUUCAUUUUCAUCCUUUUUUCCCUCUUUCUCAAAUGGAAUCCACAUGGGCUUCCAUGGAAUUGGCCCAUUUUAGGAAUGAUUCCCACCGUCAUCCACCACAUCCACCGAGUCCACGACCGUAUAACCGAAGUCUUGCAAAUAACUUCUUGCACUUUCUACUUCAAAGGCAUUUGGUUCACAAACACUGGCUUCUUAAUGACCGUAGAUCCUUCAAACAUUCACCACAUUAUGAGCACAAAUUUCCAAAAUUACCCAAAAGGGCCUGAAUUCAAGUACAUUUUCGACGUUUUAGGAGAUGGAAUUUUCAAUUCCGACUCCGAUUCAUGGAAAAACCAACGCAAAAUUGCUCAAUCUUUGAUUGUUCAUGAGAAAUUUCUUGAGUUUAUGGCUAGAGCUGCCAUGGAAAAAGUGGAGAAAGGGUUGGUGCCAAUUCUUGAUUACUUCUGUGAAAAUAAAAGUUUGGUUGUUGAUUUGAAAGAUUUGUUUUUGAGAUUGGCUUUUGAUUCUACCUGUAUGAUGGUAACUGGGUUUGAUCUAAAUAGUUUGUGUCUUGAAUUUCCUGAAAUUCCUUUCUCUAAAGCUAUGGAUGAUGUUCAAGAAGUGCUUUUUCUUCGACAUUUGUAUCCUAAAUUGUAUUGGGAGUUGCUUAAGAAGCUUGGGAUUGGAGAAACUAGGAGGAUGAAGAAGGCUUGUGAUACUAUUGAUGAAGUUAUUGCUAAUUUGAUGGCUGUGAAAAGAGAACGACUACAACGAGAUCGAGAGUUGAAAGAACUACAACUACAAGAUCGUGGUGCUGAUUUGAUCACAUGGUAUAUGGUGAAUAAAUAUGAUGAGAUCGAUUGCAACGAUAAAUUCUUCAGAGACACCGUCUUAAACUUCAUGAUCGCUGGUCGCGACGCUUUGAGCGUAACUCUCUCGUGGCUCUUCUUCAUCCUCUCGAAAAAUCCUAUCAUAAUAGAAAAGAUUCGCGAAGAGCUGAAAACCAUAACAAUAGUCCCACAAAACGAAUUAGAAUCUCAAAACCAACCCCAACAAAAACCAAGAGUAUUCACCAUAGAAGAGCUCAACAACUUGGUUUACUUGCAUGGGGCCUUAUGCGAAACACUUCGUCUUUAUCCUCCGAUUGCGUUUGAGCACAAAUCUCCGGCGGAAGCCGACACGCUUCCAAGUGGCCACCACGUGAAACCAGGUACGAGGAUCCUCGUCUCAUUAUAUGCAUUGGGAAGAAUGAGGUGUGUCUGGGGACAAGAUUGCGAAGAAUUUAAACCAGAGAGAUGGAUUUCUGAUAAAGGAACGAUCAAAAGAGAGCCAUCUUAUAAGUUCUUUAGUUUCAAUGCGGGGCCAAGGACUUGCUUGGGGAAAGGAGUGGCAUUUUCCCAAUUGAAGAUUGUUUCAGCUGCCAUUAUCUAUAACUAUGACAUUGAAGCUGUUGCUGAAGACAUCAACGCUGUUGCUGCAGCUGCUUCUGUGAUACUUCACAUGAAAAGUGGAUUUAAGGUUAAGGUUUCUAAGAGAUAAAUAAUGGACGGUUUCAAUAUAUAUAUAUAUAUAUAUAUAUAUAUGUGCAUAUGUUUAAUUGCUAUUUUUAAAUAAUGCGUGCAUGAGUUUAUGUGGAAAAUUAGGUAUCAUAUUUGUGUGUAUCUUAUAAUAUAUAUACGCAAAUUAAAGUUAAAGAUGAAAUAUAUGUUUUUGAGUUAAUUAAUGGAAGGUAAUAAUUUUAUGAA